CGGCGCUCUCGGUGGCGUUCGCGACUCGUGUUUUUUUCUCACCUUGCUCUCGCUUGCGCGCGGUGUCCGCUAAGGGGACCCAAAUUUCGAGUACGCGCAGGCGCUUGUCGGACCCCGGGUGUAUGGGGAAUCGGUCAUAAUGGCUCCAGGAGGCGGAGGAAACAUUAAGGUGGUGGUGCGGGUGCGGCCUUUUAACAGCAGAGAAAAGGAGAAGGGCUCGAAAUGUAUCGUGCAAAUGAAAGGAGACCAAACCAUCCUCAUCCCUCCACCGAAUGCCGAAGCAAAACAACCCCGAAAGGGAGGGAAGGGUGGACCGGAAGGCCCGAAGAACUUCGCCUUCGAUAGAUCCUACUGGUCUUUUGACAACAAGGCCCCUAACUAUGCGAGUCAGGACAAUCUUUUCGACGAUCUGGGCACGCCGCUGCUGGAUAAUGCUUUUGGGGGUUACAACAACUGUAUCUUUGCCUAUGGGCAGACCGGUUCUGGGAAGUCCUAUUCGAUGAUGGGUUAUGGCAAGGAGUAUGGUGUUAUCCCGAGGAUCUGUCAGUCGAUGUUCGAGCGGAUCUCGGAGAUCCAGAGAGAAGGCAACCUCAGUUGUAAUGUCGAAGUAUCUUACAUCGAAAUCUACAACGAACGUGUCCGCGAUCUCCUCAAUCCCUCGAAUAAAGGCCAUCUGAAAGUUCGCGAACACCCGUCUACGGGUCCAUACGUCGAAGAUCUCUCCAAGCUUGCUGUCCGCUCCUUUGAUGAAAUCGAGAAUUUGAUGGACGAAGGUAACAAGGCCAGAACUGUCGCUGCUACGAACAUGAACGAGACGUCCAGUCGAUCCCACGCCGUAUUCACUCUCACCCUGAGCCAAAAGCGUCACGAUGCGGAGACUUCUAUGGACUCGGAAAAGGUUUCGCGCAUUAGUUUGGUCGAUCUUGCGGGUUCGGAGAGAGCGAAUUCCACUGGCGCAACUGGUGCACGUCUGAAGGAAGGAGCGGAAAUCAAUCGUUCGCUGUCGACGCUGGGUCGUGUCAUUGCCGCUCUUGCAGACGUGGCCGCCGGCAAGAAAAAGAAUGCUUCCAUGGUUCCUUAUCGUGAUUCCAUUCUAACAUGGCUCCUGAAAGACUCACUUGGUGGUAACUCCAUGACAGCGAUGAUCGCUGCCAUCUCGCCGGCAGACAUCAAUUAUGAUGAGACACUGGGUACCCUUCGGUAUGCCGAUUCCGCUAAGCGUAUCAAGAACCAUGCGGUCGUGAACGAGGAUCCAAAUGCAAGAAUGAUCAGGGAGCUGAAGGAAGAACUGUUGCAACUGAGAUCGAAGCUCGGUGGAGGUGCGCCAGGGGUGGCCGCAGGCGGUGCGCCAGGCGCCGGCGGCGCAGCACCCGCUGCAGACGACUACUACCCGCCAGAUACUCCCCUGGAAAAACAGUUAGUCUCUAUCCAGAAAUCGGACGGCUCGGUUACCAAGGUCAGCAAAGCCGAGAUUGUGGAGCAGCUCAACCAAAGUGAGAAGCUUUACAAUGAUUUGAACGAGACAUGGGAAGAGAAACUCGUCAAGACGGAGCAGAUCCACAAGGAACGUGAAGCAGCGCUGGAGGAACUCGGAAUCAGCAUUGAAAAGGGGUUCGUUGGAAUGAGCACCCCAAAGAAAAUGCCCCAUUUGGUCAACCUUAGCGACGACCCGUUGCUGGCCGAAUGUCUUGUUUAUAAUAUUAAACCUGGAACCACACUGGUUGGCAACAUGGAUCAAGGGAGUCAUGUGGAGAUCAGACUCAAUGGUUCUAAGAUAAUGGACGACCACUGCAAAUUUGAAAAUGUGGACAAUGUGGUUACGCUCGUGCCUAGCGAGGGUGCAGCGAUCAUGGUCAACGGGCAGCGUGUUGACAAGCCUACACGCCUCAAAAGUGGCUUUAGGAUCAUCAUGGGUGACUUUCACAUUUUCCGUUUCAACCAUCCCCAAGAGGCCCGUGCCGAGAGGGUCGAGCAAAGCUUGCUGCGUCAUUCAAUUACCACAAGCCAGCUUGGCUCACCCGCGCCCAACAAAAGCCACGAUCGGAACUUGAGCAAGGCUGGCUCGGAGGUCGAUGGCGAUUCCAGUCGAGCGGAUUCUCCUAUGCCUUCGCGGGGCCGCGACUCGGAUUGGCUCAAUGCCCGUCGUGAAGCUGUCAGUGCUGUCAUGGGCCCUGACCAUAUCUCCAACAUGCGCGAUGACGAACUGGAUGCUUUGUUUGAAGAUGUGCAAAAGGUGCGGGCGACUCGACGUGGGCGAGCCGAGAAUGACGAGGAUUCCGAUUCCCUGAGCUCCUUCCCUGUCCGUGACAAAUACAUGUCCAAUGGAACCCUCGACAACUUUUCAUUGGAUACAGCGAUAACUCUUCCGGGCACGCCUCGUAACAAUGAGGACGAUGACGGCCAAAGUGGCAACGACGUAGCAUUGCAGUCUGCUCGCCAGGACCUGCAGCGUCAACUCGAUCGACAGAAGGAAGAAUACCAAACUAAGCUACGGAAUACAGAACUCUCCCCGACCCGGGGACCCGAAGGUCUCCAGUCCGAAAAAGCUCGUAUGGAAGUUGCCCUCCGGGCGACGAAAGAAGAGUAUGAGAGACAGCUCCGGCGGCAGAAGCAAGCUUUCGAGUCCCACAUGAAGGACAUGGGCCAGCCCAUUCCCAGGAUCUACGAGAAUGGCUUUGCCGAGCUGGACCCCCGGGAGAUCGAGAUCGCCAGUACGAUUUUCCGUCAUUGGUCGCAGCAGAACUACGUCCGUAUGGCAGAAAAUGUCCUCCAGCAUGCUUCUUUAUUGAAGGAAGCUCAAGUUAUGAGCCACAUUAUGGACAAAAAUGUCGUUUUCCAAUUCGCGGUCGUUGAUCAUGGGCACAAUAUGGCAUCGUCUUACGAUCUCGUGCUGAACGGCAUCUCUGGAGAUGAAGACAUUUUGUUGGAUGAUGCUAAGAAACCAUGCAUUGCUGUCCGUGUAAUUGACUUCAAACAAUGCGUGGUCCAUCUCUGGUCCGUCGAGAAGCUCCAGCGUCGCCUCCAGGCUAUGCGUCAGCUGCACCAGUAUAUCGACCGACCGGAUUAUAUCCAACACUUCAAACUUGAGAACCCCUUUUCUGAACCAUGUUCGCCUCAGUAUUCUCUUAUUGGAGACGCAGAUAUCCCGCUCACUGCUGUUUUCGAGACCCGAGUACAAGACUUUUCUGUCGAAGUGAUUUCGCCAUAUACACACAAUGUCGUCGGUAUAAUCCGGCUGUCUUUGGAACCUUCAUCGGCGCAGGCCCCAUCAUCUACGCUCAAAUUCAACGUUGUCAUGCGUGAUAUGAUUGGUUUUGCCGAGUGGGAGGGCACGGAAGUCCAUGCGCAGUUAUUUUUCCCCGGUAUCUCGGAUGAAGGCGGCGCCACCACAACUCAGAUGAUCAGCGGCUUUGAUGAAAGCGCUGUCCGCUUCGAGAGUGUCCACAGCAUGAGCUUGCCGCUUUCCAGCCCGCGGACCGCUGCAUUGAAAAUUUGCGUGUAUGCACGGGUGACUCAGAUGCAUCUCGACAAGCUUCUGAGCUGGGAUGACAUGCGCGAUUCGGCCGAAGCCCCGCGCAAAAAGCGCAAGACACCACGUAUUGCGGAAUCGGAAUUCUUUUCCGAAGAGAGACAUGACGUUUUCGCAAGAAUCCAGGUCCUCGAAAUGACGGAGAGCGGAGAAUACCUUCCUGUUGAGGUCGUGCAGAGCAAUAGUCUGGAUGCUGGCACCUAUCAGCUGCACCAGGGUCUCCAGCGUCGCGUUCUGAUCAAUUUGACGUAUAGCUCGACUGAAAGCCUGCCAUGGGAUGAUCUGGCUAACGUGCGCGCGGGAUCAGUGCGACUGCUUGAUCCGUGGGGGAAGAUCCCUGACCAGGAUCUGCAGACGCCAGACGUCCCUCUCAAGUUUGUCCAAGAACCCAUGGUGAAAGACAACGCUGAUGGAACAUCGAACGUUACUUUGAUUGGUCAGUGGGACUCCAGCUUGCAUGGCUCGCUCCUCCUCGAUAGGGUAACUGCGGAGAAGUAUCGAGUGCAGGUGACAAUCCGAUGGGAUUUGCUAUCUUCACGUCUGCAAGAUCCCGUUGGAUUCAGUGGGGAUUUGACUCUUCAAAUUCAAGGUCGCACAUACGUUCGCCAACAGUCAAUGUUCAAGCAGCUGUUUAACUCUACCCGGAUUGUGCAUUCUACUGUUCGCAUGUUUUCCCUGGUUGUCCGUCCCGUGUCAGCGAAGCGCGCGGCCGAUCUUUGGCGCAUGAAUACCCAGAAUGAUUAUGUCAAAGGCGAGGAAUUUCUCACUGCAUGGGCUCCGCGAAAGAUUUCUCUUGUCCGGGACUAUGUGAUGGCCCGUAAACGGCGCCACCGAGUUGCCGAGUUAAAUGCGGCUAAAGGCGCCCUCAGUGCCAGCAGUCUUGUCCCGUCCCCCCCUCGUAGCGGCCGUUCGACACCUCUACGCACGCAAGAAUUGACAGACCGGAAAGCGAAGAUUCUCCGGAAGUAUGUUGAACUUUGGUCGACCAAGACCGAUUCAGUCGAUGCCGUUCUUGUCCGAAGCAAUACGGAACCCCCGGCAGGAGGUGCAGCCUUUGCCUCGCGUACGAAAUCGCUAGCUUCAGCCGACGAUGCCAGUUCUGUCUCUGACGACGCGACUCUUACGCCGCGGUUCAUCGCCACGAUUCAAACACUACCGAAGAACCCCUCCUCUUUGAAGUCUGGGUAUUUGUUGUCUCCGGAUGAUACGUAUACCCAUUGGGUUCGGCGUUUCGUUGAACUCCGCCGACCGUAUCUUCACGUGUACUCAGUGCCUGAAGGUGACGAGAUCAACGCCAUCAACCUGAGGACCUCACGAGUCGACCAUGCUCCCGACUUCGCGCGACUUCUCGACGGUCCCGGAGCGGGGACGGACCGCCCCAACGUCUUCGCAUUGUACGGACCACAGAACACAUUCCUUUUCGCGAGCCGGACCGAGGCUCAAAAGGUGGAAUGGAUUCUGAAGAUUGACGAGAGUUACUUCAGCAGCAAGGGGCCCAGAGUGGACGCGAACGGCUUCAGGCACUAAACUUGCGGUCCUAUUCCCUCACCUACGCUGCCCGUCUUCUGAAUUUUAUGCCAGUCAUGAACACUUCCUUCUCGUGUGUUUCACGCUUUGCCCUUUCUUCUGAUCUUUGCCCAUUACAUUG